UUAGAACGGAGCUUGUUUGAACUCCCCUCCCCCAAGUUUGGCGAAACAGGAACAACUUCUUUGAAAAAAAAGUUGCUCAAGUUUGAAACUAACUUCUUCGGCCAGCUUUUUGUGUUUGUUUGGCGUACGGAGCCCAACGUUAACGUGUGUAUUUUGUAUUUUUAUUAACCACAGUGGGUGUUUUUUUUUUUGUCUGAUUUUGUCGUCUGAGGAGGAGUGCUUUUAAAAAGAAAAAAACUGAUAAUCGUGGGAUACUCAUACUGAUGUUUGUGUGAAAGUUAUUUGGAAUGGAUGUACAUCAUUAUUAUGGAAUGUGGUCUCUAUAUAUUAAACACGGGGUUUGUGGAUGGAUUAUUUAAAGCUGAGAACCUGGAUUUGGGACGGUUGCUGUUUUCGGAUCUGAAAGGGGGUUACAUUUGCAAUCAGUUAGCAGGAGUCCAGUUGUUCCCAGAAGGAUCUACCUGCAAGUUCUUCAGAGGAGGAAGUGCCACUGCCAUUAGGAUCUGGGGGCUUUUCAAGGUAGCUGGAUUUCAUUCUAUUGUACCACUGAAGUGCAGCUGCAGAGAUGGCCACGGCUAUAUCAUGACACAGAGGGACAUGUGUGCCCGAGGGAUGUAAGGGCUCCUGGGGAGAGACCAGGCACACAUACAAAGAAUGCUGGAAGUGCAAGAAGAGAGAUCAGCACACUUCAACAAAAAAAAGGAGCACGACGAGGCAAAGGACGGCCGCGAGAGACGCAGUGUUUCCCAGAGGAACCCCCGGACUGUGCAGAAAGCCCACGCCAGCCCACACCAGCACUUGAGUCACUCCUCUGUCUCCUCGGGAUCUCCGUCAAUGCAUUCCAGUAACCCCAAAGUGAGGAACUCCCCAUCAGCAAACACUCAGAGCAGCAGCAGUCCAAAAUCGAAACAGGAGGCCAUGGUGCGCUCACCCCCUGUGAUGUCCCCUUCCAGCGCCGCUCAGAUGGACUCCAAACUGCCCAGUCAGGGAAAGCAGGGUGGUACUGGGGGCCAGUCUCAACCUUCUCCCUGUGAUCCCAAAACCUUGAGUGGGGGCCAUGCUCCCAAGGGGCCCCAAGGUGCGACGGGAAGCAUGGGGCUUAAAAAUGGACAGGGCCUCAAUACGGGUAACGGGGCAAAGGGCAAAGUCAAGAGAGAGAGGAGCACUUCGGCCGACUCUUUUGAGCAGCGGGACACCGGAACGCCCAACAACGAAUCUGAACUGAAAGAUGCAGGAAGCCGAAGUAAACGGAUGUGUGUAGCAGAGAGGAGGCAGCCUUAUAGUGGCACAGAUUGGUGUUCUGGGGGUGAGAGUGAUGAAGAUGAGCAAGGCUUCUUCAACUGUAAUUCCAACGAUGUGAAGCCCCAAGACUCUCACUCCCUUCCCCCUUCCAAUGCAGGAAUAAGUAGAUCUUCCACACCAUCCCAUAGUUCUGUUGGUGGACAGAAUGCCACCUCUGAGACAACAGGCAGUCAGAAGGCUCCAACUAAAGUUGUUUACGUCUUUUCCACAGAGAUGGCCAACAAGGCUGCAGAUGCUGUUAUCAAAGGCCAUUCCGAUUCCAUUGUUGCCUACCACAUGCAGAAUAUAUCCAGCAACAAGACAGCAAAAAGUCAUCUCCCUGUGAACAACCAACUAGGACCUGUUCGAAAUGAGUCCAAACCCCAACAGCAGCAAUCAUCUCAUCCACCAGAACGAAAUCAACAGGUAUCCAAAGUACAGCCCAGCCAACAGCAGCAGCAACCCCAACCUCAACCACAGCAGCAGCAGCAAGGACCGAAGUCUGGAAACCUGCCGCAGGACAGUGCAGGAGGCAUGGACAAUAAAAGCCUGCCAGUCAGUAGCCCCAGGAACACAACUCCUCAUGAAGGAGCUAAUCCCAACAGUACAGCCGGCAACCAAUCAGCCUCCACCCAGGGCCCUCAAACUGGGUUCCUCCUUCCGGAAGUUAAGGGGGAUUUGAAAAUAACACCACAACAGCAGCAGCAGCACCACCACCAGCAACUAGCUAAUGAAAUUCUGUCCAGCAUGGGGGAGAACCCAGAGGGUCUUUCCCAGGAGCAGCUUGAGCACCGGGAGCGCUCUCUGCAGACCCUGCGGGAUAUCCAGCGCAUGCUCUUUCCCGAUGACAGGGACUUUGCCCUUAAAGACCUGUCAGCCAUGGGACAAGGCAAUGCUGGGGCUCCACCCCAGAACGUAGGCAUGAUGGAAGGCUUACCCAGUAAGUCUGAUCAAGGACCCCUCCAGGCUAUGAUGGCCCAGUCCCAAAGCCUUGGAAAGCCUCCUGGCCAAAGGCAGGAAGGACCUCCAUUUGGUCAGCCUGGUAUUCGCGAUAUGCCCUUCUCUCCGGAUGACCUGGGGCCCCCACCUGGACCGCCCAUGAACACACAACCCGGGUCUGGGUCUGAGCACUCAGACCACAUGACCCCAGAGCAAAUAGCAUGGUUGAAGUUGCAGCAGGAGUUCUAUGAGGAGAAGAGGAGGAAGCAGGAGCAAAUCCAGCACAGACCAAUGGCUGAUAUGAUGCUUCAUCAGCAUGGCCCCAGGGGCAUGAUAAGGGGGCCCCCACCCCCUUAUCAGAUGAAUCCUGGUGAGGUUUGGGGGCCUGGGGGGCCUGAACCCUUUGGUGAUCAGAUGACCCUUCCCCCAAGAGGCAUGCCUCCCCAUCCCAUGCAGAGAAUGCCAGGCUUCCCUGGCAUGAUGAAUCCAGACAUGGAUGGUGGCACCAAUGCCAUGACAAGACCAGGCAUGAACUGGCCAGAGGACAUGCCUAAGAUGGGGGAUGGUAGAGGGUUCCCUCCUGGCCAAGGAGUGUUUGGUGGUCCAGGAGGCCGGAUUGAGAGAUUCUCUAACCCACAGGCAAUACAAGAAGGAAUAUUCCAGCAGCAAAUGGCAGAAAAACAGCAGCUUGGCUUACCACCAGGAAUGGGCAUGGACAACGUGCGUGGACCGCCCGUGGACAUUAAUCGAAUGAUGGCUAACCAAAGGUCCAUGGAUCCUGGAAGUAAUGGUGGUGGAGUCAUGUUUCCUAGGAUGCCAGGGGAUGGCCCAAUGAGCCCCUCCAGGAUGGAUUUUGUAAAAGGACCUGGGAGAGACGUGGAGUUUGGCAUGGGUCCUGGAGGCAUGAACAUGAACAUGAAGGUGGAUAUGAACCUAAAUGUCAGCAUGAGCUCCAACUCGCAGAUGAUGGGCAAAAUGCGAGAAGCACCCAUGAACAUGAGUCCUGAGGAAAUUAUGAAAAUGCGUCAAGGCAGCGGCCCAUCUGAACAUAUGGCGCUGCAGCAAAAGAUGCUUCAAGCACACCAGUUCCCAGACCAACCACAGGAAUUCCACAUGGGUCCCAACCGACAGUUUGCUGGCAUGCCUCAAGGGCCAGGUGGCAUGAGGGGCCCCAGGGGAGAACAUCCGUUUGGGCCUGAGCACAGGACUAACAUGGGAGGCAAUGCCAGGCUUAGUCAUAUGCCACCACUACCUCUAAACCAACCCCAAAACUCUUCCAAUCUUAAUGCAGGCCCCUCUGGUAAUCCGCGAAACUUGGCCCGCAAGCCCUCAGACCUUGGUAUCUCUGCUGGCCAGGUCAACUCACCUAAUGUUAACCCCCUCAAAUCUCCAACACUGAGGCAAGUCCACUCACCUAUGCUGGGUUCCCCCUCAACAAACCUGAAGUCACCCCAGACGCCCUCCCAGCUGGCCGGGAUGCUGUCUGGCCCGGCAUCUGUUGCAGCUGCUGCAGCUGCUGCAGCGGCUGCUUCUAUCAAGUCCCCUCCUGUUAUGGGAUCAGCAGCAGCAUCCCCCGUCCACCUAAAGUCGCCGUCCAUCUCUGCUCCUUCUCCAGGCUGGACGUCCUCUCCCAAACCUCUGAUGCAGAGCCCUGGGAUCCCCCAAACCAGCAAGCCCUCGCUUAGCAUGACAUCACCAAGCAUGAUGGGAAAUGUAGAGCAAGGUGGUCCACCUUCUGCCCCUCCCUCCAGUGGCUCUUAUGCCAUGGCCCCUGAGCCCACACUGUCCCAGAAUCCCCUCUCCAUUAUGAUGUCCCGUAUGUCAAAGUUUGCAAUGCCUAGCUCCACCCCCCUCUACCACGAUGCCAUCAAGACAGUUGCAAGCUCGGACGAUGACUCACCGCCUGCCCGCUCACCUAACCUCCCGCCCAUGAACAACAUGCCUGGCGUGGGUGGCAAUCACCACCCAAACCACCCUCGCAUGAUGGCUCCAAACUCUACGGGACAUAUGCCAUCCCUCAGCCCCAUGGGGAUGAACACUGUUGGGUCCCAGCCUCUCUCGCAUGGACUCCCAAACCAGAUGCACUCUCCAAACCCAAUGGGGCCCAAUAUUCCUCCACAUGGUGGCCCAAUGGGGCCAGGAAUGAUGCCCCAUAACAUGAUGAUGCAUCCUGGCCCUCAAGAUCCAGGGCUUGGCAACCCCCAUAUGUUACCUCAAGGUCGAAUGGGAUUUCCUCACGGGCAGCAGGGUUUUCCACCAGUGCAAUCUCCACCGCAACACGUUCCCUUCCCCCACAAUGGCCCUGGUCCUGGUGGGGUUCAGGGCGGUUUCCAUCAUGGCAUGGGUUUCCCAGGGGAAGGGGGGCCCCGUCUUGUCAAUAUGCCGCAAGGCCCAGGCGGUGACCCUGGGCUCUGUAAGCCAAAUGCACCUGGUGGCCCAGAUUCUUUCAACUCUAUGGGUAAUCACAUGCCAUCAGUCUACACUGACCCUAAUCUGCAGGAGGUCAUUCGUCCUGGUGCUUCAGGGAUUCCAGAGUUCGACUUAUCCCGUAUCAUGCCUUCUGAGAAACCCAGCCAGACACUGUCAUACUUCCCACGUGGAGACGGCCCUGGCCGCAAAAUGCCCCAUCCAUCAGGCCCAGUCCCUGGCUUUUCUCAAAUGCAAGGAAUGAUGGGGGAGCAAAACCCUCGAAUGGGACUUCCCAUGGCAGGUAUGGGUGGACCAGGCCACAUGGGCCCUCAGGACAUGGUCAUGGGAAACCCAGCUCAUAACCCUAUGCGGCCCCCUGGCUUUAUGCCACAAGGCAUGAUGGGACAUCAGCAUCGGAUCUUGUCACCUGGACAAACUGGAAUGCCUGGGCAACCUGGCAUGAUGGGUAACCCAGCUAUGAUGCAAGGCAAAGAGCGAGGACCGGUGGGUCUUUAUAAUCACCCGGGAACGGUUGGGUCGCCAAACAUGAUGAUGUCGUUACAUGGGAUGGGUGGACCGCAACAAACUAUGAUGAUGCCGUCUCAGAUGAGGCCUAGAGGCAUGGCAGCAGAUGUGGGAAUGGUAUUCAACCAGGGGCCUGGAAACCCAGGGAAUAUGAUGUUCUAAGCUGCUAAAAAAGACUUGUACUCACAAGCAUAUGUAUUGUAGAUUGGAACUACUGGAAAUGGGCAUCACUUACACAAGUGUACAAUUGGGGGGGGAACCUUAAACAAACAAAGUGACGUGCAUGUGUAACAGUCUUACUGUGACAUGGAGAACAAAUGCCAAGAGGGGUAUAUAAAAAGAAGAAAGCAGAAGUUUUUUGUUUUGUUUUUUUUGGAAACUCCAGAAUGUAUGAGAUUAACCUAUGGUGGAUUUUUACAUCAUUAGUUGAACAGUUCCUAGUUUUUUUUUUUUUUUUUUUUUUAUCCAUUUUUGUGGACUCGCGACGCGGGAAAAAAAGCUCCAGGUUUAGCAGUCUGUAGCUGUUUUUUUUUUUUUUUUUUUUUUUUUUUACAAAUAAAAAUUAAAAAAUAAACAAAGGAUCACCAUUUCGUGACAAGUUGCACCAUUCUUGCUGUAUGUUUACGUCAUGGAUCUGUUUCCUCUGGAAAUAAAAUAAUCUUUGUAUUUGUGUACUGUACUUGUAUUGUAAAAGGGAUUUUAGCAGUGACUCAUUAAAUGUGAGCAAUUUGGCAAGUAAUAUGCUGCACCAGUCACUAAACAUGUCUGUUUACUAGGGGAGGGUCAACCAUGAUCAUAUUUUUGUUUUUAUUUUUUAUUCCAGUGUAUAACAAACCGAAUUAUGACCUCAUACAGAUAAUAGUAUUAAAAGCACAAAAAUGGAUUAACUGUAAAAUUGUUUUUUAUUGUUAAAGUUGUCAUUAAGGGCAAAAUAAUUGUAGAAACAGUGGAAUCUUGUAAAAAGCUCCGUUUUUUGCGAUAUCUUUGUUUUUUUAUUUUGGGGGGGGGGGUUAGAGAAUAAGAACUACGCACCUCAUUUUUCAAAUCAUUGAUCCUGUUUUCUGUGGGUUGUCACAACCCUUGUGGUGACAGUGCAGGAUUCUUUUUUUUUUUUCUUUCUUUUUUUAAUUGCUGCAGUGUGUAUCAUUUUGUUCAAGAAUUUCCCAAGACCGCUGUUGCAUUGGGAGUGGAUCUGGAUGUCCAGUAAUCCAGAGUUCUGGGUUUUGUGUUUUUCUGUCUUUUAUCUAACUCCCCCCCCCCCCCCAUGUAAAACUGUCAUGUGUAACUCCAUUAAAUUUGGUACAAAACCACUUGCCAGGGCUGUGGUGUUGGAAGAAAAAUAAAAUAUAUUGUUUCGUAUAAAGUGGCCAGUACCCUGUGUCUUUCUUAGG